GACAAGCUAAAAAAAUCAAAAAGUUCCGUUGGUGACUAUUGUUUUCAUGUAUUUUUACAAUUUAUUUAAUUAGAAGUGAAUAUAAACAGUAAUUAUGAGUUCGUUCGAUUUAAAUUCUAUCAACACUGCGCUGAAUGAUACCGGUCGCGCUAGCAGUGGCGUGGACUUUUCUGGAAAAUCACUAAAAUUGGAUACAGAAGCUGACGCAAAGCCAAUAGUAGAUGCUAUCAACCAGUGCUCCGACCUGCAGUUCCUGACGCUGACAGGUAACACCCUGGGCGUGGCAGCAGCUCAGGCCAUCGCUAAAGCCCUUGAAAAGCACCCCGAGCUCAAGAUAUGCCGCUGGUCAGAUAUGUUCACCGGACGGAUGAAGUCGGAGAUACCACCGGCUUUGAAAGCACUUGGAGACGGCAUGAUAGCGGCGGGGGCUCGCCUGGCGGUCCUGGACCUCAGCGACAAUGCCUUCGGCCCCAUCGGUGUGGAGGGGCUCGCCAAACUGCUGCAGAGCGAAGCCUGCUCGCAACUGCAGGAGCUUCGUCUAAACAACAACGGUUUGGGCAUCACGGGAGGUAAACUGCUGGCCAAGGCGCUCUCAGCCAACCCCAUCAAGCUGAAGGUGUUCAUAGCUGGACGGAACAGGUUGGAGAACGAUGGAGCCAUCGCCCUGGCUAAAGUCUUCCAGCAAAUGGGCACCCUGGAAGAGAUAGCGAUGCCCCAGAACGGGAUCUACCACCCAGGUGUCACAGCACUAGCGGCCUCGUUCCGCCACAACCCGCAGCUGGCGUGCCUCAACCUGAACGACAACACUAUCGGGCCCAAGGGGGCUGCAGCUUUGGCCACUGACAUCCCACAAUUGAAAAAUCUUCGCUCAAUAAACUUCGGGGACUGUCUUUUGAAGAGCAAGGGUGCUAUAGCGCUUGCCAAGGCGUUUAAAGACAACGCCAUGCAGAUUGAGUCUUUGGACCUGAGCCACAACGAGAUAGGUCGUGAGGCUUGUAUGGAGCUGGUGGAUUCCAUCACAGUGCUGCCUGACAGCGGGGACAGACUGACCAGGGUCGUGUUAGCUGGUAAUAGUUUGGGUGGAGCUGCAAAUAAAAAGACGAUGCGCGAUAAACUUGGGGGGUGCGCAGAACUCAGCGACGGUGAGGGCAGUGACGACGACUACGAGACGGACUCUGAUGAUGAAGAAGAAGAUGAUGAUGAAGAAACAGAUGAUGAUGAAAAGUCUGACGGUGAAGCGUCUGAAGACAGUGCCACAGAAGAUGCCCAGCACACGCUCAUAGACAACAAAUUCGCUGAAAGUUUGGAUACUAGCGACGUGGAGGAGGUGGCGACGGAUGUGGGGAGGUUCCUCUCGAACCCUACAGUGGAGAAUCUCAAAGUUUUGGGACCUAACGCAGCUGAGGUCAUUGACACUCAUCUACAGUCGAUAAAAGACCCCGAGUCCCAGAUAGUGGCGUACGUGGAGGCGACCAUGUCGGCGGCGGGGCUGUCGCCCGCGUGUGCCGCGUGCGGCGACAUAGCCCGCGACAUGUAUCGCGGGCUGCUGGCCGCCGCGCAGCGCCACCACGCCGCCGCCUGGAUGCUCGCCAACGCCAUGCUGCGGGCACUCACACUCAUCAAGUCAGAGAACAAGAGCUACCAGAUCCGCUGGCAUCUCCCGGGCUGCUACGCGGUGCUCGGCGAGGUGAUCUCCCAGCCGUACUUCCCAGCAGCCCUGCGAGACACGCUGCAGUUCUUCAUCCGCAGCAAGCUGCCCUCGCUGCCCGAGGAAACCCGACAGGUGGUCGCGAAGUGUCCACACCUCACCACCACGCGCACGUAAUAUACCUUAUAGAUAAUG